AUGGCCUAUCUGUCUCUGCGCUACUUCCGUAGCGGCUGGUGUUCUUGUGAUGAUGAUGUGAGGAGACGGCUUCAAACCUAUCCGCUCUACUGCUACGCGGCGCUGCGAUGGGGAUACCAUGCGCGAGUGGCUUUCUCCAAGUUCCCAGACAUGGUGAACAUGGAUUUCGGAUUAUUAUCUUCCAAGCCACACAUCGAAUCCGCCUUCCAGGUCUUCUUCAUGGCCAAGCACCAACGCAGAUGUGAUGACUUUCCACGUUUUAUGUCUGGGAUUCAUCUGGCAGCGUACUUCGGGAUCACCAACCUCGUCUACGCAUUCAUGCCCUCAAAUGGUCGACGUGGAAGGGCGGACGUUUCGAUCAACGUUAGAGAUGGUCAUGGCUGCACUGCACUCGCCUGGGCAGCGCACGAAGGACACGAAGAAGCGGCACAGGCCCUCAUUGAUGCUGCAGACGUUGAUCUCGACGCUCGAGAUGGCGGAGGUCGGACUCCAGUAUUGCGGGCCACCCAACGCAACCAUUUCACCAUCGUCGAGAGACUGCUGAGUGGCGGCGCUAACCCAAACUUCAGGGAUUUCUCUGGGGCAUCGCCCUUAUCGUAUGCGGCGAAGGAGGGAUAUACCACCAUAGCAGAUUUGCUCGUGAGACACGGCGCCGAUGUAAACGCAGCGACGACCCGGUUUGGGGCCAAUCUGGACACGCCCUUGUCGCUCGCAGCGAUGUAUGGUCAUGACGAGAUUGCCCAGCUGCUUCUGGUCCAGCCAGGUAUCCAACCAAGCGCCAAGGUCGAGAGACGGAGCAUGUUUGAAGAGUGCACCUCGCUGGAGCUCGCUGUGAGAGGCAAGCACCACGGGGUGGUGGACUUGUUUCUGUCCCACGCCGACGUCUCCGGCGAGCAUGAAGCGCUGCUGCGCACGGCAGCGGAGCAAGGCGAUGAGCGUGUGGUUCAGCGGCUGCUUGAGAUGGACGUCGAUGUGAAUACCCAAUCCGAGCACGGCGAUACUCCGCUACACCGCGCUGUGAAGGAGGGACACGAUGGCGUGGCGGCACGCUUGCUCUCCCAGGCCGGAGUGCUGCCUAACUUACCGAACGAUGACGGGGACACAGCGGCGUUAUUGGCAGCACGCUUGGGCCGCGUCCAGGCUCUCCAGCUGAUGCUGGCAAAGGGCGCCGACGGAGGAGCCAGAAACAAAAAGGGUCGCACGCCCCUUGCCGAUGCAGCAGAGCAGGGCUACCUGUCAGUUGUAGAACUGCUCCUUUCUACCGAUGGCGUCGCCGCCGACUCGCAGGACCACAAAGGCCGCACACCACUUUCGCUCGCCGUUUCACCCACGACAGGGGAGCGAUUUGAUGGUAUGGGCCGUCGGGCCGUCGUUCGGUGCCUGCUCAACUCCGGCCGCGUUGAUAUCAAUCCCCGCGAUACGCAGGGCCGGACGCCUCUGGCUUUCGCGGCCGAUGAUACUGACGGCAUGCCGAUGGUCGAAUUGCUCCUGGAGUACGAGGAGUUGGAUGUCAACACCAUGGAUGAGCAAGGGCGGACACCUCUAGCCUGGGCGGUACGAAGGCCGGGUCUCGAAGACACUGCGAGGCUCCUGCUCGAAAGAGGGGCGGAUCCCACUCUGGGCGUGUAUGAAGAGGGAGAGCCACUUCUUUCCUGUGCUGUCAAGCACAGUGCCUCGGAAAUCGUGAUAGCCAUUCUUUCCUCUGGCGGCGUGGACCCUGGCCAGAGAGAUAGCCACGGACACACGCCGCUAUGCCGCGCAGCAGAGAGAGGUGAGGUAGAAAUCGUGGACAAGUUACUGACGGUAGGAGGGUUGGACGCCAAUGCCCAUUGCGAGCACGGUCAAACCCCCCUGCACCAUGCGGCCUGCUCGUACAAGGCGGAUCAAGUUGUUGCUUUCCUGCUCGCAAAGACUAAUAUUGCUGUCGAUACCCAAGAUGAGGAAGGGCGAAUACCACUCCACCACGCUGUCCUGCACGGGCACGACGCGGUCGUUUCGUUGCUUCUCGGGCCGGAAAACGUGGGCCUCAACUACAAAGACUGGGAAGGGCGCACGCCGCUCUCGCUUGCAGUUAGCUCUGGGCAUCUUUCUAUCGUGGAGAAGUUGUUGUCGCUCAAUGGAGUGAUCCCGGACGCUCAGGAUAACACGGGGCGCACGCCACUGUCGUGGGCGGUUGGACAAAGAUUGCGGCCCUCUGUCGAGGUGGCGAAGAGGCUGCUCCGGAGGGAUGACGUGAACCCUAACGCCGAGGAUGAGAAGGGCUGGACGCCGCUGUCGUGGGCUGGACAAGGCGAGGGCGUGUCGAGUUUAAUUGAGGUCCUCCUAAAGGAGGGGCAAGGCCGUGUCGAUAUCGAUCAUGAAGAUCGAGAGGGCAAUACGCCGCUUUCAUUGGCCCUGAAGAAGGGGAAUGAGAUGGCUGCUCGUCAGCUACGGGCGGCCGGUGCGAGGUUGCCCGAAAGUAUAGGAGAGAGUGUCCAGAGAGGCUGUCAUGUCUUGACGCAAGGCGUCUCCGUCGACCGAGAGGACGAAGAGCAGCGGCAGAAAACGGACACAUCAAACGCGAAAGGCCGCCGACACGCGUUUGAGGAUACUUCUAACGAGGUCAAUCACCGGGGAACUACCAAAUCUAAGCCUUACUAUGAGAGCUUGGUGGAGACAAAUUGGUUUGACGACAAUGCUGACAGUGGCAGGAACAGUGACAGCAACUGGAUCGGCACAGAUACCGCGAAUCAUGCGAGUUUCUGGAAGCUUGAUGCAAUACUAUUGAAUUGGAGCGAUAUCGAGUUAGGGCUUCAAGCAGAGGAGCAUCACGUUGAAGAUGAAGGGCCACUUUGCCAACAAUGCAAAACCAUCGACCUCAAUGCCCUAUUCUCACGGCAGCCACGUCGUGGCUUCGAUGUUAUAGCCAAUUGGGGCGUGAUCGACAAAAGCUGGAAGUUGAGGCGCUGCGCCAUGUGUCGGUUGAUAGCAGCAAUUUGCCCUAAAAAUGGCAUUCACUACCAGCUGUGCGCUUAUUCGACCACUGCUACAUGGAUGAAGGGGGGCAAUCGGGCGGCCUGGCGCCACUUCCCGUCUCACUGGGUCGACACAAUUGUCCUCGGCCUAGAGCCUGGGAGCUGGUCUUUCGAAGGCGCCUACCAGUCAAGAAUACAAUCCGACCCAUCAAAAAUCCUGCCCUUUCGUUUCAUCGGCCGUGUCGGGUCAAACGACCGCCAACAGCUGCGCUCCCUCACUUUACACCAUUCAAAGACACACAGAAUUGACUUCAGCAGAGCUCGUAGCUGGAUCAACUGCUGCAUGGAACACCACGGCAAACGGUGUAACGCAAGCACGCCCCGGCGGAUCCCUCACGCUCGCUUCAUCGAUUGUAAAACGAGGACUGUCGUUGACAACAGCGACGACUCGGCAGCCCUCCGGUUUGUCGCCUUAAGCUACGUCUGGGGCCCCUCGCCCAAGACGAAAGGCCCAUCGGAUCAUGACCGCGUUGAGAAUGCAGAGUGUGUCAUCGAGGAUGCCAUCCACGUCACCCUGGAGCUCGGGUAUAGGUACCUUUGGGUCGACCGACACUGCAUCACCGAUGAGAACGAAGACAUGCACAAAGAGCAGCUCCUGCAUAUGAACGCCGUAUACGAAAACGCAGAGGUCACCAUCGUUGCUGCUGCGGGUCGGGACUCAACCUUUGGGCUGCCAGGGGUGAGUCGUGCUCGGCUCGAUCGUCCGUACGCUCGAGUCCAGGGCCACGCGCUGACGGCCGUCCCACGCGAGCCGCGCUACCAGAUCAAGGAAUCGGUGUGGUGGACGCGUGGAUGGACGUUCCAGGAAUGCAUGCUCUCGCGACGGCGGUUGAUGUUUACCGAGCAUGAGCUCUCGUACGAGUGCAAGGGCAUGGUCGCCCGCGAGGCCGUCGAGCUGCCUAUACAUGUCCACAGGAUCGCAGCCACGCGUUAUCCGAUCCACGAGCACAUGCGAGUUUUCCCCGGCAGGAGACAUGAUGCAAGGACCCUUGUUGACGGCGAAUAUAUCUGGUCUUGCAUCCACGAGUACACCACACGCCGCCUUACGCUCGACGCCGAUAUCCUCAAUGCCUUUCUCGGCAUCCUGCAGGUGUUUGCCGAGCGGAAACCGCCCGUGUACCACUUAUGCGGCGUUCCGCUCGUGCGUGAGAAAUCCUAUCACUAUAAGGACAACAGUAGGACUCCAACGCUUCUCGAGGCAUUUGUACUCGGCCUUUGCUGGCGCUCGGACAGGCCGGCAGCUCGACGCGACGGAUUCCCGAGCUGGUCCUGGACGGGCUGGAAGAGCAGGCCUUAUGGCCAAUUCGACUCUUCGACGGCUUUUGAGCCCGGCCACUCGAUUGAGGUUUCCAUAGUGCCUCGGGAUGAACCGUCUCGGACAGUCUCCUGGGCCGACUUUGAAGCUAUGAGUCUGGCAGAGAAGGCUAGUCUCCCCCAGGACUGCCGCCUAAGAAUCACAGCCACCACCGUCCAGGUCAGCCUUUUUCUAUCUAACAGAGAUUGGACCGCCAUCCUGUACCGCGGCAAUGACGCCUUUCGGGGCCGGCUGAGGUUGAGUAAAGAUCCGAAAAAAGAUGUUGAGUUCUGUCGCCGGCUGGUCGAAGAGCGCUGGGACGCCAUCGUUGUAGGGAAUUUAAGGACAUACUCAUGGAUAUCCGGAUUGGACGAGGAGCGACUUAUUCUACUUCUUGUUGACACACUUGAUACUGAAACGGUUAACGAGGGCGAGGGUCUUUGGGAGAGGGUGGGAGUUAUCACACUGGAAGAUAAGACACUGCAGGAUGUGGCGCCGGAGGUGUUCGGGAAAGGGACAUUCUUGAUUGAGUGA